CAACUUACUCAGCUCAAUCGAAAUCAUUUUAGCCUUCCUUCAAUACUCUAUUAAAUUUAUUCACCAUAAAUUUUCAACUUUCUUCAAGCCCUAUCCUUGCAUCAAAUUUUUUCUCAUGGCUCUUUCAACUUAGGAUUAGGAAUUUUGAUAUGAUUCUGAAAUCGGAUGGAACAAUACAAGAAGCUAAGGUAUCUUUAUUUUGUAGUUUGAUAGCUCACACGCAAUGCACAUACCGAGGGCCUCGUAUAUUUUAACAACAAAAGUAGCUAUUAUCUUUACUUAUAUGACUUAUGACCAAACUGAUCACUUUUUUUAAUCCACUAAGAACCAUUUCUUUCAUGUUUAUACAUUAAGGACCAAUUAAAACCAAAGCCCAUACAUCAAGUACCAUUUUGAUCAUUUUCUUUUCUUGGUGAACCAUAUAUGACAAAACACAAGGCAUUUUGAGCGGUCAACUAAAAUACCUGCCAUCCAAUAACUGUCCCACGUGUAACAAACCCAAUCUCUCAAUCCCCAUAGCCUACAAAGCCGGCCAUCAGAAAGCUCAAAGCUGGGAUCGCCACUCUAUUAUCCAUAUACAUUCAUCUAAAACUCUAUUCUUUUUUCCUUACUUACAAAAUUACAAUGCUUUUGAUUUUACUUAGUUUCUUGUUUUUGCUUUGAUCAUGCUUAAUCUUGUUUGUUAAAAACUCGUAUCCUUUCCUUAGUCCAGAUCUUAUAUACCAUUUGGAUAAAGUUCAAAUCUUGGCAUGUGGGUGACUUUGCUUGUUUCUGAAUUCCAAAGAAGUGUCUGUCAUACUGGUUUUCUGCCUAAAAAUGUGGGUUCUUGUGGUGUUUCUGAGCUGGGAUCAAGGAACUGUCACAGAGCUGUCCAUGUGAUCAAGCCUCAAAACCAAGAAAAUAUAAUACAAAAAUAAAUCAUGAAAGGAAAUGUACACUUUUGAGCUGAUAUUUCUGCUUAAAGGGUUACAAAAUAAGGGAUCUGUUGUAUGUUUGAUGGAGUAAAUGGAAGGAAUAAUGAUGGCUCCAGGGACCAAUAUGUCACCCUGUAAUGGGGAAAUAGAGAAUGGUUUUUGUAAGGGAAAUAUGUCAGCAAUUGAAGAAAAUCAGGAGGAAACUGAUUGUUUGAGUCAGCCAAAUGUAGGGAAGCCACCAAGAAAUAAUCCAGGAAUGAGGCAUUGUAUUAGCCAAGCAAGCUUGGCUGGUACUUCUGCAUUGGAACCAAAUACAGUAAUGAUCGGUCUGAAAUCACCAUCGAGUGACAAUUGUGCUUAUGUACCCAUCUUUCGCUCAGGAAGCUACUCUGAGAUGGGACCCAAACAAUACAUGGAAGAUGAACAUAUCCGUGUUGAUAAUCUUCGGGAACAUGUUGAGUCCAAAGGUCUUCUUUCACAAGGAGCAUAUUAUGGUGUGUUUGAUGGGCACGGUGGCGUUGAUGCUGCAUCAUUCACUCAAAAGAAUCUCCUUGAAUUUAUUUUAGAGGAUUCCCAUUUCCCAUCGAUGGUUAAAAAAGCUGUCAGGAAUGCUUUUCAGAAAGCCGAUAAUGAGCUAGCUGAUACGAAGACUCUCGAUAGAACCUCUGGAACAACUGCUCUAAUCGCACUUAUUUUAGGACGGACCAUGCUAAUAGCUAAUGCUGGGGACUCUCGAGCUGUACUAGGGAAGCGCGGAAGAGCAAUUGAAUUGUCAAAAGACCACAAACCAAACGCUACUUCCGAGAAAUUGAGAAUUGAGAAACUAGGGGGCGUAAUUUUUGAUGGCUACCUGAAUGGGCAACUGUCAGUUGCACGAGCGCUGGGUGACUGGCACAUAAAGGGUGCCAAAGGUUCAAAGGGCCCAUUAAGCUCAGAGCCAGAGUUCGAAGAAGUGGUCCUGUCAGAAGAGGAUGAAUUCUUGAUAAUUGGGUGCGAUGGCUUAUGGGAUGUCAUGAGUAGCCAAUAUGCAGUAACAAUCGUAAGAAAGGAGCUCAUGCUGCAUAAUGAUCCCGAGAAAUGCUCAAAAUUUCUUGUCAAGGAGGCAUUAAAGCGUAACUGUUGUGAUAAUCUAACAGUUGUUGUAAUCUGCUUCUCUCAUGAUCCACCACCUCGAAUUGAAAUACCAAGAACUACAAGGAGGAGAAGUAUAUCAGCUGAGGGGCUGGAUCUUUUAAAGGGGGUGUUGAGUGACAUAUGAAGGAGAGUCUGAUAACUGUUUGUAUAGAUAUAAAUUAGCAUAGCAAACACCAUGGUCAGCAAUUUUUCCGAGUUUCUGCUGUCCAUGGUUCAAAUUGAUUGUGAUGAGAAAACACGGAGCUUCUGUAACCUUGGAGCCUCCAAGAACUUGAUCUUUGUCUUCUUUUUUCUGUUACUAUAUUUCUUCAAAUGUUAUGUGCUGAUUAUCAUUAUAAGAUGUAUUCAUAGCCAAAGGGGUUCGGUCUGCUCUUGUGAAGGGACUGACAAUAAUCUAUGAAGAAAAGUUAAAAGUUUCCGUUCUCUACAA